AUGACCCAGAAGACGCAUAUCCUCUGCGCUCCAUUUCCAGGUGCCGGCCAUGCAGUCAACAUGUUCAACGUGGCGACCACAAUCGCGAACGACGACAUCACCGCCCACGUCUUGGUCCUGAGCAGGAAGGAUGGAGAGAAGUGGAUGCGUGCCACCGGACAAGACCAUAACCCUAAUGUGCACCUGCGAGUUCUUGGAAAUGGCCAGUGGGAAGACUGGCAUCCGGAGGAACCAAGGGAGCUGGUCAUGAAAGUCCGCAGUGCCGAAUUCAAUCAAGCAGUGCGCGAGAUGAUCGAGGAGAUUCGCCGGCUUUUCCCUUCUGAUAGGACGACCGCGCUUAUAUGCAAUCCUCUCAUGGGAGGAUUGCCGGAGAUGACAAAGGAGCUUCAACUUCAACUCCAUGUGUUGAAUCCCACUGCUGCCUACAUGAUACGACUUGGUUCCCAACAUCGUCCCGACUUAGACUCAAGGCGAAGAGUACUCCUUAAGGGAAUUGGAGGCUCAAUUGAGGACCUCGAAGCUGAACCCGACGACGUUAUGGACUUUGCUGGCCCUAUGCUGCAAAUGUCGGGCGUUACAUUAGCAGCAGCCCAGGGGAUGAUAUAUUCGAACACAAAUAUUGGACUCGAAGGCGACAGCUUUGAGCAGAGCCAUUUACUUCCUGCACCCUUCGAGGACAAGACAAUCAAAUACAUGAUAGGACCUAUACUACCACCUUGGUAUGAAAAUGCUCUGGAUAGAGGAGCGCGCCCCAAACCAAGACUAUCUGCCAUGAGUGACGAAUGUAUUCAAUUCAUGAACAAGCAGGCUUACCAAUCAGUCGCAUAUGUGGGUAUGGGCAGCCACAUCGAACUCACCAUAGAUCAAGCCGCUUUCCUCGUUGAAACACUACGCAGAACUAAUACUCCCUGGGUUCUCCUUUUUCGAGAAGGCACCGAAGAGAUGAAAAGGAGACUAGGCGAGGGCUUUACCGACGGAGUCGUCACCGCGUGGGCGCCGCAACAAGACAUAUUCCUCCACCCGGCCCUCAAAUGCGUGAUCUCGCACGGAGGGUUUGGCACCAUGAUCGAGGGAAUUUAUGCUGAGCAGCCGUUCAUCACAAGUCCUGUCGCAUCAGACCAGUAUAUCGACUCGAGAGUCAUGCGCCAUCUCGGGAUGUGCGUUGGUACCAUUUCAGAAAACCAUUACGAGCCAAUCAUGGGUAGAACCAAGCUUACGCCUUUUUGGCCAGAUGACGGCGGGAAGACGAUUCAAGCCUUAUUCGACCGUGUUUUUGGCACCACUGAAGGAGAAGCAGAGCUUGACAAAGCGAGAGCCGCAUCAAGAGCUCUAAGGAAGCGAAUUGUUGAGGCGAAGGCGAGAGAUGCAUCGACAGCCAUGGCUAAGUUGAGAGCCACUCUAACCAAGUAA